GCGGAAGUGAAUUAUCUCGGACAAUUUUCACAUCCAAAUCUGUGGAACUAAUUGGUUACUGUUUAGAGGACGAACAAAGACUUUUAGUCUACGAGUUCAUGCCUCGUGGAAGCUUGGAAAAUCACUUAUUUAGGAGAGGAUCAUAUUUUCAACCGUUGUCAUGGAGUCUUCGUUUGAAGGCUGCUCUUGGAGCUGCUAAAGGCCUUGCUUUUCUUCACAACGCAAAAACAAAAGUGAUUUAUCGGGAUUUCAAGACUUCUAAUGUGUUGCUAGAUUCGAACUACAAUGCAAAAUUGUCGGAUUUUGGGCUCGCGAAAGAUGGACCGACCGGUGAUAAAAGUCAUGUUUCUACUAGAGUCAUGGGAACCUACGGAUACGCGGCACCCGAGUAUCUAGCAACAGGUCACUUGACGUCUAAGAGUGAUGUGUAUAGUUUUGGGGUGGUUCUUCUUGAAAUGUUAUCGGGCCGAAGAGCAGUAGACAAGAACAGGCCAUCGAAUGAAUACAGUUUAGUUGAGUGGGCCAAGCCCUACUUGGCCCACAAACGUAAAUUGUUUCGGGUUAUAGACAACCGGCUCGAGGGCCAGUAUACACUGGAAGGGGCCUAUGCGGUUGCAACCGUUGCAUUACGGUGUAUAUCAGUUGAGCCCAGGUUUAGGCCCACAAUGGUGGAAGUGGUCAAAGAACUCGAGCAACUUCAAGACCCGAAGGGAAGCAAGCCCCGAAGACACUCGACUCAUGGAACACUCCCAAUUGGGAAGGCUGCUUAUCCCAGGCCUCAAGGUUUGUAGGAAAAGAUGUGACUAGUUGGGCCAAAUGAUUGUACAGUUAUUUGGGCUAAGUGUUAAGUUUGUUUCUAAAUUCAAGGAAACUACAAAAGUCAUCCCUGAAGUUUAAUUUAUUCUUAACUUUUGGUCAUGUGGUUGCUGAUUUUGUGAUUUGGUAUUUAACAAAAUACCAAUACAAUGUUUAGUAAAUCUGUAUUUAAAUCUAUAAAACAUCAAAUCGUAUAAUUUUUUAAACAGGCCACAGCGGCUUUGAUUGA